AUGUGGGGACUGGGGGCCGAAGGCAAAGCCAAGGGGAGCUCAACCCGGGAUGUGAGUGCUGGGAGCAGCCAGCAGCCCCAAACAGCCAAGCAGCUCUGUGAAUCCUACUCCUUUGAAGUGAGCCCACCCCAGGAUGCUGGGACACAAGACACGGGGACACAAGUGGACAGCCGUGUGUCCCUGGUGUCAGUGGCCUUAAGCCCCAUGAGCCCCCCGUGUGGGGCUGCUGCCUUCACCUUCCCCAAGAGAGAGACGGCCUCUGCAGCCCCACGCCUCGAGCCCUCCAAGAAGGACGCGGAGAUGCAGGUGUCCAUGCCUGUGGAGACCCGCUCAGUGGCCACUGGGCCGAUGACACCAGUGGCCAAGUCCCCGCAGACCUCGUAUCCUGAGGUGCAGGUGAAGGGGACGGUGCCGGAGGUGGUGGAGGAGGAGCCUCCGGAGCCCAUCCGGGAGGUGAGCUGGGAUGAGAAGGGGAUGACGUGGGAGGUGUAUGGGGCCUCCAUGGAGGUGGAGGUCCUGGGCAUGGCCAUCCAAAAGCACCUGGAGAAGCAGAUUGAGGAACACGGGCGGCAGGUGGUGGUGACCCCGCAGACCACCCGCACCGGCUCCGUCAAGGGAGGGCCCCGCAAAGGCGAGGCCAAGAGGCAGCCCAGCGUCUUUCGGGCUCUGCUGCAGAACGUCCGGCGGCCCCGGUGCUGCUCCCGUGCCGGCCCUGCCAUGGAGUGA